AGCAAGUGCAUUUAGUAAACUUUAGUGGAUCUUUUUUGGUUAAUAAAGUACUUUUUCGAUUAUCAGACUUUAAACAAUGUCAAAUUAAAUUUAGGAUGCAGUCGUAGAUUCGAAGACGAAAUCUUAACAAAAUCAACUUUAUUAAUGUAAUUUAACAAUUGUAUUAUACAAUUGCAACGAUUGCAAAAUGACAACGUUGAGACACGACAUUGAACUACCGAACAACAUUCCAAAAUUAUUAAUAGAGAAACAUGCAAACUAUCUCAUUUCAUACGGGACCAACAAAGAUGAAUAUAAUUAUUCUCAGACUGAACACAUGAGGAUGUCUGGCAUGUACUGGGGCCUUACCGCUCUAGAUUUAAUGGGAAAGUUAGAACAAACUAAUAAGGAAGAAGUGCUAGAAUUUAUUAGACAAUGUCAAAAUGACAAUGGUGGCAUCAGUGCCAGUAUACAACAUGAUCCACAUUUACUUUAUACACUUAGUGCAGUUCAAAUAUUGUGUAUAUAUGAUGCCUUGGAUGUAAUAAAUGUUGAUAAAGUCGUCAGUUAUGUCAAAGAAAGACAACAACUAGAUGGAAGUUUUGUGGGUGAUCAAUGGGGUGAAGUAGAUGUCAGAUUUUCUUUCUGUGCCGUUGCUACUCUGUCACUUUUGAACUGCUUAGAUGCAAUAGAUGUCGAGAAAGCAGUACAAUUUGUAUUGAAAUGUAUGAAUUUUGAUGGAGGAUUCGGUUCAAAGCCAGGAUCUGAAAGUCAUGCGGGUUUAAUUUAUUGUUGCGUUGGAUUACUUUCGAUCACAGGACAUCUGCAUCUGAUAGAUGCUGAUCGUUUAGGAUGGUGGUUAUGCGAGAGACAAUUACCUUCUGGUGGUUUAAAUGGCAGGCCUGAAAAAUUACCAGAUGUAUGCUAUUCUUGGUGGGUACUGUCAGCUUUAACAAUUUUAGGUCGUCUUCAUUGGAUAGAUAAAAAAGGCUUGAUGGAUUACAUUUUAAUUUGUCAAGACAUCGAAACUGGCGGUUUUAGUGAUCGACCUGGUGAUAUGGUUGACCCUUUUCAUACUUUGUUCGGCCUCACUGCAUUGUCAUUGCUAGACAAGAACUUCUCGUUAAAACCAAUAAAUCCUACUUAUUGUAUGCCAGAAUAUAUAAUUGAUCGCUUAGGUCUCAAGCCAUCACGACUUGAUGCAUGAUAUAUCUGAUAUGUUGUAUAAUGUAUAUUAAUUCUUUGUUAAAUAUACGCGUAGAUUUUCC